AAGCGAGAUUACCGAAGAAGGAGGGGCACUAAUGGUCCAAAACGUCCCAUCGCGUGUACUGAUCCCUCCUAAAGCUCUGCCAACAUGUACCGAGGUCACAUGUUCUCUAUGGAAUCAGCGGAUUCUAUCACCACCCCUCGGAAGAAAUGAGGCCUUAGUGAGCAGUGUGAUGGAACUAGCCUGUGGAAACCUUCCUGGUACAGAGGAACGUUACGAGUUCAAUGUGAAAGUGAAGGUGGCUUUAUCCCACAGUGCUAGUGACAUUAAAGGAUACGAAUUGGUGAUCAAAGAAUUGACCAAUGAGAAGACCAAUGAUUGGAGGGACUUGAAAACCAGAUGGGCUUGGACGCCAUCAGAUAUCAAAGAUGAGCAUUCUGGCGUGGAUGAAUUCCCAGACUGGUUAUUUCCGUUUGCAGAGGCAGAAAUUACGAGUUUUUCUUCAUUUGCGGUGGUCUGGCGUCUCAAGUCUUUCACGUUUAAAAACCCUUCGACUUUGUCAUCUUCCUUUCCCUGCAUUCUGUCAGACCAUCCAGGAGUGAGUGUAACAUUCCCUGAGAGUUCUCUCCCAACAGGACAAACCUUUGCUCUUACUGUACAGGUGCAAGAGGUUCCAUGCAGUAAUGCUAAACUGAAAGAACCACUAGUUGUUGGACCUAUCCUUCACAUCUCAACUUCUGAACCAGUUCAGCUUUUAGCACCUGCUAGGCUCACAAUCCCUGUUACGCUCCGGGAAGACAUACCCAAAUGUCUGGAUUAUUCGGCCACUGACGUCAGGAUAUUUUGCCGAACCUCUGAAGAGGAUGAAAGAGAAUGGAAUGAAGUCACAGAGCAGUUAGAAAAUAUAGCGGUUCUUGAAAAUGGGACAGUGACGUUUACAGUAAAUCACUUCUCAUUGUAA